CAAGGACAGACCGAGCCGUUCAAUUACAUUUCAAAUUAGAAUUUUUAGACCACGUGAGUCGGUGAAAUUCAAUUAAAUUCGAGAGAGGGACGGCACUACGGACGGGGCGCCGGUGCGAGAGAGCACCCGCGACGGUCCGACCGACCGGAGCGGGGGAACUAAAUUACUGAAUAAGGAGGUCCGACCCGUCGGAGCGAGACCGACGUUGCAACGCCAGCAUCAGAAUUGAACCUAAGUUAAUUAACUUAGGCCCGCGUAGGUAGACCGUCGUCUCCGUUUCGUUCGGCUCGUCGGCGUAUCGUGUUGUAAACACAGCAGUUGGCGACUGGCGCACGCGAGUCAGCCCGCAAAAUCGGUGCGUCGGGUUUUCGUUUUGUUGUGGCCCGUAACCUUAAAGUGCCGAUGGAUCAAUAUAAAUUAAUUGCGAUUGUUAAAAAUCACCCGCUACUUUGGGACAGGAACAACGAAUACUUCAACAACAAGGAGUUUAAGGAAAACGCAUGGAAAAACAUAGCUAGCAUGAUGGGCAGCACAGUUGAAAUAUGCAAAAAUACCCUUAAGGGAUUGCGGGAGAAGUACGUGAGGGAGAGGGAGAAGGCGCAGGAGGGCCACUCCAACUGGGACAUGCUGAAGUACCUGAGUUUCCUGGAUCCACAUAUAAUAGAGAGGCAGAAGUAUUCGAUGUACACCUCCACCCACAACUUGCAGGACUCCUCCAACAUAAACACAAGCUUCUCUUCCCCAGUGCCAUUGUCCUUUGAUAAACAGUUGAUAAAUGUGGUGAGGAAAACGGAACAAAUUUGGAACAGGAACAGUAACUCGUACACCAUGAAUAGGCAUGUAAAAAACGAUCUGUGGCAAGAAAUAGGGAAGCAAAUGAAUAAAGACGGUCAUUAUUGUAUGUUAAGGUGGAAAGCCUUAAGAGAAAAGUACAUACGACAGAAAAACAAAGCUCAACAAGCUGGUGAACAAAAGUGGGAACUUCUUGAGGACUUGCAAUUCUUAGACCAAGUUAUACUCUACAGGAGAAAACCCACAGACAGUGACGGAUCGACAAGUAGUUAUAGUUUUAUGAACAGUGUUCAACAUUCCAAUUUUGGCUUUAAUAACGAACAGGGGAGGAAAAUCGAAAACUCAUUCUGUUCCGGCAGCGACGACAAUUCACUGAACGAUUCCUCAAGUGAUUUCAUCAUUAAAGUUGAAGCUGAAAUACCGGACAGUUCUCAUAAUUCGGCAGAAGUUGCUCAAAAUAAAACGGACUAUCCCGCACCUCAAGUUAGGACUACGUCUUAUCAAAAACCGGACAGUUCAUAUGUAAAUUCGAAUGACAGUAGUGAUAGGAAAACGUCCCAAAGUGAAAAUAGUGAACCGGAACCCAAGAGGAUCAAAUAUGAAAGUGCUGAAGAAAAUACACCUGAAAAACUGUUUGGUAAUUUGGUCGUUCUGAUGCUGAUGCGGAAACCUGAAGCUGAAAGAAAUUUGGCCAUGGUCGAAAUCAUGAAAAUUCUUUCCAAGUAAUACUUGAAGUAUGCAUCCAUUAAAUGACUGAUAAUUAAUUUUUAAAUCCUGUAUAUAAAUAAAUAUUUAUUUUUGAA